ACUGAACUCCUCCCCGAGCAGCUCUCCUCCUCCUCCUCCUCCGCCUCCGCCUGUCUUCCUGCCGAAGCAGAUGUCAUUUUGCCAACGCAGGUUACACAACCAGGCCGUCAUGCAAAAUAGAAACACGUGGCUAUAGGCGGUGCUGAAAAAAAAUCCCGCAGCUUUACCGGACAACAAAGCCUCGCACACAGCUGCGUCGGAGGUUAUUUUUCGCCAUUUAUCGACGUGAAACUUUCCAAAUCGGUCCCACAUUUCAGUCGGAGAUGAGACGCUCGGACUCAACAUGUGUUUCCCUUCCAGAGAGAACAAUGAUACGAACAUGAUCAGCGCCGAUGGCUUCUCUAAAUGCGAGGCGACUCUGCAGCAGAGCGGCAGGAGGAGGCCACCCGCAGAGAUGCUCCAUCUGCUGUCAGCCGUCAUUGUGUGGCUGGUGACCGGAACCACCAUCUCCAGCCUCAACAAAUGGAUAUUCGCCGUUUACAACUUCAGGUACCCUCUGCUGCUGUCGGCGCUUCACAUGCUGACAGCCAUCGUGGUGGACUACGGGCUAAUCAAGCUGCAGGUGAUCCGCCACAGAGAGCAGGACCUGACCCCCAGCACCAAGUUUAGGGUCUUCCUGUUGAGCCUGACCUUCUGCGCCAGCAUCGCCUUCGGGAACAUGGGUCUGAACUAUGUCCAGCUGUCCUUUGCACAAAUGAUCUACACUACCACACCGCUCUUCACUCUGGCCAUCUCCACGCUGAUCCUGGGCAAGCAGCAUCACAUCCUCAAGUACACGGCCAUGAUGCCCAUCUGCCUGGGGGCGUCCUUCAGCAUCAUGGGAGAGGUCCAGUUCGACCAGACCGGCUGCUUCUUUGUGUUCGCCGCCACCAUGUUGAGGGGCGUCAAGUCCAUUCAGCAGAGCAUUUUGCUGCAGGAGGAGAAGAUCAACUCGGUCUUCUUGCUCUACCUGAUGUCCAUUCCUAGCUUCUGCAUCUUGGCCGUGGCCGCUCUGGCCUUAGAAAACUGGGCCGUGCUGGAGUCGCCGCUGCACUACGACCGCCACCUGUGGGGGUUCAUCCUGCUCAGCUGCCUGGGCUCGGUCAUGUACAACCUGGCCAGCUGCUGCGUCAUCACGCUCACCUCGGCCGUCACUCUGCAUAUCCUCGGCAACCUGAGCGUGGUGGGGAACCUGCUGUUGUCUCAGCUGCUGUUUGGGAGCGAGCUGUCGGCCCUGAGCUGCGCCGGCGCCGUGCUCACGUUGUCCGGCAUGCUCAUCUAUCAGAACUCCGAAUUCAUCGUCGGCUACCUGGACGCUCGCAGGGCCAAAGCAAAAGGGUCCGAACCGGCGGGGUUUCACACUACAGUGGAAGAGGACUCGACCGCGGCUGAAAAAACAUUUCAACAACAGAGAGCGGAUGGAAAACGGGAAGACAAAGUGGACUGAACUGAAAGGAUGAAGGAGAGAAUAAAAGAAAAAGAAACCUUUCUGCAUUGCAAUGUGUUUUCUCUACCUUUUGUGUCGUUGAGCGGUCAUCAGGAGUGAGACUUCGUAAUGGAGUAAGAGAUCUUUUUUUAGUUAUUUUUUUAAAUUCCUCACUGUGCCAAUUGAUUUCUCCUCUGGUCACACAGAACUGGGGUCUGCAGAGAGGAAAGGGUUGCCUUUAUUUUCCACAGUGACGGUUGAAUUCUCUCCUUUCGUCUGUAAAUCACUCCUAUUUAGCCUAUAGCGGUAUAUGCAUGCACGAGCACACUGAACUGUUUGAUACCUCAUCAGGUAUUCACACUGUCACUCAUACUAAUCCACUGUGAAAACGUUCUCAUUUCCAGAGGGCUCUAAUCGAUAUUUUUGGGUGGCUGUUGUGGAUAUUGUCUGCCUCAUGUGACAUUGAGGGGAGGCAGGGCUUAGAAAACACCCCGCCUCGAAUCUAAACGGGCACAAUUUGUAUUAAAAAUCUAUAUUUAUGGUACUGAUAUGCACCCGGCCCUUUCACGGUAAGGGACUGGGGUUUUUCGGCAGCUUUCUUCUUUUUGGUACGUAAACUAGAAAGCUUGUUAAAUAAGCUCGAAGUUACAGACAAAGCCAACUUUUCUGUACAAUGAGACGCCUCUUUUCCUCCACUGAAGCACAUUUUUAAUAAGAGGUCUGUCUUUGUUUUUUCUGUUUUUUCCCUCCCUUAUGAGCUGCGGUGUGGCUUCCUACUUCAGGCCUAGAUUUUGCCCCUGUAUCAACCUGGAAAGACGGUCUCUGUAGGAUAAGUCCAAUUAUUUCCAUCCUUUGCAGCAGCGCGCUCCUUGAUAAUUAGGUUCACGAUUCCUCUAAGGAGUGUCAAUCAACUUUAGCUGUCUUUUCCCUGCGGGGGAGAUGAGGAAAAAGAAAGCUCGGGCUGUCCUUUACGCUCGCUUCUUAAAUCUAAAUCUCAUCUGUCGGGUUUAAUGUGUUGCUUUUAAAAAGUUGGUCUUGAAAAAAAACUCACUUCUGCUGGACAUUGUUGUGUUUGCUCUUACAGUAUUCAACAAAAGCAUUUACUGACUUGAUUUUGUUUUGUGACGACACAUAUUUUAUUUCCCUUUUUGAUAUUUAUGUGGAAGAAAAUAUUUAUUUUAAGGGCCUUAAUCACUGGCAUUUAAUGCUGCGGAUUCCGGUCGUACGUGUAAUAUUAGGCAGCACUAGUCUCUCCUGAGAGAAAAAAAAACAAAACAAGGUAGAAGACUGCAUGCUGCUGCUUCUGAAAUCCCAGGAUGUCAGCUACACACCCUCCUACAUGUACGGUAUGCCAAAUGUUUACUUUGAAGCUUAUAUGUGUUGUUAUACUGGUUAGGUCAGUCAUUGUUCACGCACAGUGGCGGAAAAAAGUUUCUGGACACCCCUAAGAUUGUACUCAAAUAUUAGCAUGAAAUAUUUGUGGAAAAAUAUUUGUGUCUCAAAAGGUGUGGCAGUAUGAGACAGACACAAACAAAUACAAAUUAUAUGUAUUUUUUGUUUUAUUGUUUACAAGAAAAACUAAAUUGAAUUUCUUAUUUUUAUGGAACCAAUCCUUUUAAGUGUCUAAUGGCCUUCUUUUAGGAUUUGUUGCAUAUUGUGGCUGUGAUUGUACUCAAAGACAUUGCACUUGAAGACCUAAGAGUGACUCUUAAUGCAAUAUUUCUCUAACUUUUUUCCACCACUGUAUAGUUUGAGGUCUCACAAGACGACGCAAAGCCAUGCAUCAAAAAUCCACCUUGAUUUCAGCGUAUUUUGCUGUAAGAAUUUAAUAAUUUUUUGUUUUGAUGUGCCACGCAGUUACAUUUCAAGGGUGCCAUUCAUGACAUAACUCGGUCCUGAGCUUCAUAUCAUAUUGAGCGUUUUAUACAUAUAUAUAUAUGUGUGUCUUUAUAUACUUUGAUGAGCAACAACAUUAAAACCACAUGCUGAAUGUUAUGUAGGUCAUAGUGUGUCAACACAUCAAAACAGAAUUGAAACUUCUAAAAUGGGUGAUACACAUCCAAAGUAACGCCCUCAUAGACACCAUAACGCAAAGCUUCCUAGCAGAACGUGGCAUUUAGCAGUAUGAUCAGUGUUCUUUAGCUGUCAGUGGUUUAAUGUUGUGGCUGAUCAGUGUAUCAAGGAUGCUUUUCAAAAAUCCCACAGUGCAAGAAAGAUAACGGUACCGUUUCUGCAGUUUAAUGUGUUUGAUUUUGUGUUUUAAAUUAGCCUCAGUUACAUGUAGUUUCCCAUUAAUUGAAUACCUCAACUGUUAAGUAGGACUUGUGUUCAUCGAUUGUUGGCUGAGAUCAAGCAGCUCUCCAACAACAAAACCACAGAUUUUAACACGUUAAAAACAAACUUGUGAUAUGUAUUGUCAUGUUGAUGAUCAGGAGUCCCUCAGCAGCUGUUUUUUUUUUUUUUCAGUUUUCUAAUCUCAGUUAAUUGAUUGUUUGGCUGCUUGUUCUCAUGGAAAUCAUGUUGAGUGGAUUACGAGUCCAGAAAGAAGCUACUGUUGCACUGACAAGGUACGAAGACGCUGCCUUCAAAGGUUCCUGUGUACAUACUGGUUUUGAUUGUUGGCAAAGCUAGUCGGUUGUAAAUAGUUAUUUUAAUAUAUUUAUGUAUUUUAUAGUCAUACUGUAUAUGGCUGGUUUAAACUCUACUGGUUCCAGAAUGAAAACGUUUGCCUCAUGCCUUAUUUGGACUUACUGUAGAUGAGACGGGGUGGUUGGAUCUUAUUGGUUAAUACUCUGAAUGUCGCAGGUGCUUCUGUUUAGGGACGAAGAUUCAUACACACAUGAUUGCUUGAAAACAAAUCAUUGAACUGGUGUAAUAAACUAACGAAAACCAAGCACCUCA